GUUAUCCAACAGAAGUUAUAAUGAGAACCCAAAAACAUAGUUUGAAAGAUUUUAAAAAAAGUGUAACUAAAUCGUGUUGUAAAAAUUAUCGAUGGACUCGUGAUUAUAUUUUAGAUUUAGUUUAGCGAGUUAUUCCGUUUGCUAAGUCACGUACCAAAGUUGUAAUAAUCGUCGGCACUCAUUACAUCAUCGGGUAAUCGUCAUAAUCAUUAUCACUUAUCGACGUCAUCGUGUCUAUUCGUGAAAUUGGAAGAUUUCGAGAGUCGAGUCGAGGAUACGAUUGGUUUACACAAUUUUCGUUAAUAUGAAGAAGGACCUACCAUAAUUAGUUACCACUUUUUCCAACUUCCAUACCAAAGCCUUAUCCCUCGAAAGCAGUCAAGAAAUGAAAGAAAAAAGCAAGAACGCAGCUAGAAGUCGGAGGGAAAAGGAAAAUGCCGAGUUUUUGGAACUAGCCAAAUUAUUACCCCUACCACCAGCCAACACUUCGCAGCUAGACAAAGCGUCUAUUAUACGAUUAACCACGAGUUAUUUAAAGAUGCGAGAUGUGUUUCCCGAUGGUCUAGGGGAUCGAUGGGGAACCAUCUACAACGGCGGUAAUGAUCAAGACUGCAAUAUUAGUAAAGAACUAGCGUGUUAUUUAUUAAAGACUAUAGAUGGAUUCGUGUUCGUAGUAGCCCCAGAUGGUAAAAUAAUGUACAUAUCGGAAACAGCUUCGACGCUUUUAGGUUUAUCUCAGGUAGAAUUAACAGGCAAUAAUUUGUACGAAUAUAUUCAUCCAACUGAUCAAGAUGAGUUGUACGAAGUUUUAAAUUUUGUACCUCCGAUUACAACUCCAUCGCCCAUAUUACAUGAAUUCGAAGUCGAAAAGGCAUUUUUUUUGAGAAUGAAAUGUGUCCUAGCUAAGAGAAAUGCCGGCUUAACGAACAACGGAUACAAGGUGAUACAUUGUUCGGGUUAUUUAAAGGUGAGACCAUUUAUACCACAAAAUGGUGCUGGACCACCGCAAUACCAUAAUGUUGGUUUAGUCGCUAUUGGACAUUCUUUACCACCUUCUGCUAUUACGGAGAUAAAAUUACAUUGUAAUAUGUUCAUGUUUCGUGCAAGUAUGGAUUUCAAGUUGAUCUUCCUGGACGCCGGGGUAUCUCAGUUGACUGGCUACGAGCCUCAUGAUUUAAUCGAAAGGACUUUAUAUCAUUAUAUUCAUGCUAGUGAUGUCUACCACAUGAGAGUAGCGCAUGAAAUUUUGAUAAAAAAAGGCCAAGUCACAACCAAAUAUUACAGAUUUUUAACAAAAGAAGGAGGCUGGGUGUGGAUGCAAAGUUAUGCAACCAUUGUGCACAACAGUCGGUCAUCUAGACCUCAUUGUAUAGUCAGCGUUAAUUAUGUAUUGAGUGAUAUAGAAUAUAAAGACGUAAUGUUAGCUUCCCCUACGACCGAAGAUAAUUUCUGCGACAUACCCACAAUGUCAGUGAAAAUUCGAAUGUCUGGAGUAAAGCGAUCAGCAUCUUCAUCGCCUCCUCCACCGCCAUCCAAAUAUUUCAAAAUAGAAGACGAAUAUAGUGAUUCGAGCGGAGGAAGCGGUUAUUACAACGAUUAUCCAACGAAUUCGCAUAUUGCCGCCACAUCAACUCCGCUAACUUAUCAGCCUUCGACUCCCGUAUCUUCUACAAAUUUUGGUACAGUGGACGAUUACAUGUGCUCAGAUUUAUUAUAUAAUGGAUUAGUGAGACCAUUUAGCGCCAGUUCUACCAGUACUAACACCAGUUCUUCGAAUGAAAGUUGCAGCAGUACAAAUGCAAUAGACAAUCAGCAAAUGUUACCGUGUUCUUUUCAAACGAACGCAAUUCCCCAGCAAACUCCUCCUUUGCAUCAUUAUCAGCCUCCGUACGAUCCUCCAAAUCAUUAUAUUCCUCACGCGUACUAGCCCUUUAGACGCCCUAAUUUCUACUGAUACUCAGAAUAAAUACGUAUAUUUUUUUCUCUUUUUUGAUGACUAUACGAAAUGAUUUGACAAUACUUUUCAAUUGUUUUGUAUUACUUCUUUUUUUACGUAUCCUUUUUAAUUUUUAAGGUUUUAGUCUAUUUAUGUGCGUAAGUAGAUAUUCAUCAUUAAAUGAUGUUUUUUUUUAUUUUUUAGUCCAGUUAAAUUAAUUUAUGAAAUGGAAUUCAUUUCAUAGAGUGUGUGACUAUAUAGCAAACUUCCGUUACCGGAUUAUAAAUUAGAGCAGACUUGCAAAUCGCUUAUUUUUGGAUAAAUUUGCGUUUUGAAAAUUUUGUUCUUCUUCGAUAUUUCGACUAAUUAAGCCAAAACAUCGAAAUUUAUCAUUCCUGAAACUGGGAAGAUAUUUUGAAACGCAAUGGUGCCUACUUUUCAGUCAUUAUUGAAAAUUUCAUAAGUUUUUGGCUUUCUGCAAUUACUUAGCAAUAAUGGUCCAAAAAUUGGCACACCUCCGUUCUAAAAUAUUUUCCCUGUUUCAGAAAUUAUAUUUUUCGAUGUUUUGGCAUGAUUAAUGCGAAGUAUUGUAAAACAAAAAUUUUCAAAUCAUGAAUAAAUCGGUUAGGUUGAAAAACACGAUUUUUUCGAAAAUGCCCUUUUUUUGAGAGCUGAUUUUUCCUCUCCAUGGGCACUUCCGGAGCUAAAACGUUUUCUGAAUGACUUUCAACUCAAAGUGAAGGUUUCUGCUGAAUUCAGUCAAAAAAAGGUUGACCUUUUCUUGGGAGGGGGGAUUUAAUCAGAAUGUUGAAGAAAUGGCACCAAAAGACAGGAAAAAAUUGGAAAUACAUACUUCGAAUACAUUCUCAAUUGCAUGUGUGAAGAAAACAAAUUUCUCAUCUCCUGUCGAAUUCUUAAAAUGGGUUCGUUAUCUUAACAGGGGUAUUAUAUGUAUAAACAAUCAAGUUUUGUUACCCAUUUCUAUUUUUAAUCGGAUUUUGAUCCUUUAUUUUUCAUUUUCUCAUGUUGUUAAAGCUCUAAGAAAUACAGAUAUUGUGCAAAAAAAUGUUAAAAGGUAAUUUUACAAAAAGGUGACCUUAAAUUUAGCCAUUACCUCAGGCACGAGUAAAUAAAAAAUUUAAAAAGUCGAUUCGAUUCGCAUUCCAAUUUGAAAAAUUGUAGAGUAGCUUUCUUUUGAUAUGUUAUCUGAACUACUCCAAAAUAAGUACCCUGAAAAUGAAUAAUGUGUACACUGUCCUGAAAAAAAUAACAGGUGUUUGACAUUUUAAUUCUAUUUUGGGAACCCCUUUGAUAUUUAUUAAUUUAUUAUGAUUUAAAUAAGUUCUCAGUGCAGAUUUGAAACCAGUUUCCAACAGCAGUUUAUAAAAUAAAGAUUUGAAAUGAAAAUAAGAGGGUCAGACAGUAUUUAUAAAUCAUUUUCUAAAAAAGUAUCAACCAUCCACUUCCAAAAUUGGGAUUUUUUACAAUGGUGUGAGGUUAUACCUACUUAGCAUUCAAUUUCAGGAUAUAAAAAUUCAAAUAGCCAAAAGUCAUGAACAAAAACUUGGCUGAUACCUAGGCUUAGUGGCCCACACUUCUCACUAGAUGAAAAAUUUCAUCGCUAAAUUAACUGGACUAUUAUAUUCACGCUUGUACUUUUUGAAGAAAAAAUAUAAUUUUUUCUUAUACUUAAUUAAUGUUCUACUACAUAAAAAGUAUUCGAGUGUUGUCUUUCACUUUGAUAUAAACCUCAUUAAAAAAAAGGGGUAAAACAAUAAAAGGGUGGAAACUGACAUAAUGAUCGCCUCGCGCUAUUAAAACUCAAACUACGUAAGUAUGUUCAAAACGUUUUGAAAGUUUUCUCAAAGCAUUUGCCUAUCACUUCUAUGAAACAUAUCUAUAAAGUUUUAAGUUUUUCAACAAAGCAAAUGAGAACCGGGGGAAGGGGGGUGGAUAAGCAAGUUGAAUGUUUUACCUCAACUAUUAUUCCAUAAUGAUUACUUUUCAUCGAAUAUUUUUAAUGUAUUUAUUUUUGCGAUACUCCUGAUUUUUAUAUCAUGUUAUUGUAAUAUACCUACUUUGUAAUUAACGUAUUGAAUUUAUAAAUGUGUAAAAUUUUUUACUCGGUAAAUAUAUGUAUUUUGAUGUAAUUA